AUGGCGACGGUCAUAUUGAAAGGAUCUAUGUCCAAGCUUAUAUCAAGCGAAUGGAUAGGCAAUAUACACAACAAGUUCUCAUUGCCGUACCAAUUACUGUCAAGAAGAUUAAAAUUUAAUUGGCCUUUCAACCGUAAAGAUUAUAUUUCAACUCCGAAAGCAGCUAUCAAACCUUGGACUAUUAGUGUGCAUGGCAAAACAAUUUCAGAUCCCUAUCACUGGUUGAAAGAUCAAGGUAAUGCAGCAGUCAUGAAAUAUCUUCAGCAAGAAAAUUCAUAUGCUAAGAAGGUCAUGACAAAUACAAAAUCAAUCCAAUCUAAGCUAGUACGAACAAUGAGUGACAUAGAAGCUCAGCUAACUGUUCCUCCUGAGAUAUUGGAAAAAUAUGAGUAUUAUAUGAAAGAAGAGAGCGCUGCAUCUUUACCUAUUUAUUGUCGCCGUAAGCUGGAUAGCAAUCUUGUCGAUAAUAAUGAAGAAGUCAUUUUAGAUCUAAAUGAUUUGUCGAAAAGACAUCAACAUUGUUGUGUCGGUCAGCUGAAAGUUUCUCCAUCUCACCGGCUAGUUGCUUACACUUUUGACACUAACGGAAAAGAAAAUUAUGAAGCACAUAUAAUAGAUCUAAGUGGAAAUCAACCGAAUGUGAUAGACGUAAUCAGGGAUGCGUUCGCUGUUGAAUUUGCAUCGAAUGAAGAUAGUAUUAUCUAUACUAAACAAAAUUAUAGACGUCGACCCUACCAAGUAUGGUUAAGAGCGUUCGAUUCUAGACUAACGGAUCGACUACUCUUCCAAGAAGAUGACGAAAAGUAUUUCCUACAUAUUGUAUGUACAAAGAAUCAUCGCUUUCUUACUAUUAACUUGAAUUCAAAAUCAUCAUCUGAGGUUUGGGCUUUAGAUACAGAAAAAUUGAAAUCUAAACCGGUUCUUAUUAAAGAAAGGGAACUUGACUGUGAAUGUUAUGUCGAUCAUAGCAACAAUCAUUUUUAUAUAUUAACUAAUGACAAAUCUUCAGGAAAAUAUAAGGUUAUGAUGGCACCUGAUCAAAAUCCUGGUCGUGAUAAUUGGAAAGAACUGCAAGCUAUGGAUAAGGACUCUGCUAGUGAUAGUACUGACACUCUCUUAGAUGAUAUGGAUAUCUUUGCAGAUUAUUGUGUUCUCUACCAAAGAGAAAACUUAGAACCGCAGAUAACAAUAGUUAACCUACAUUCACCACUCCAAUGCCAAACCUUUAAACUUCCUAUUGGUACCAUCGCCUCUGCUUCUAACUUUACUUUCUCCGCAGAUACUGUAAGGUUUUCAUAUUCGUCCCCUCUAAUUGCUGAUACAUUUUAUGAGUUGGAUAUGAGAACUAUGGCAUUAAACAACUUGACGCCAUCAACGAUUGGCUUGGAUAGUGAUCAAUACUCAUUCUAUAUUUCACAUGCCACUAGCAAGGAUGGAUGUAAAAUACCAAUAUCGUUAUGUCAUCGCAAAGAUAUCGUUCUGAAUAGCAGCACUCCUUUGCUAGCCAUAGUUUAUGGUGCUUAUGGAAUGGAAUUAAACCGACAGUUUUCAGUUCAAAAUAUGUGUUUGUUGAAAGCUGGAUGGGUUCUUGCCUUCUGUCAUGUCAGGGGUGGUGGUGAAUUUGGAAGGCAUUGGUAUUAUCAAGGUCGUCAACUUAAUAAAAUGAAUUCAUUCUAUGACUUCUUAGCUUGCAUUAAUGAGGUACAAGAUCAAGGCUACACUAAGCCAACAUUGACAUCUUGCAAAGGUACUAGUGCCGGAGGUUUGAUUGUUGCUCAUCUUUGUAACAAUCACCCGAAUAAAAUAGCUGCAGCAAUUAUGAAGGUACCACAUGUAGAUAUCUUGGGAACGAUGCUUGAUCAGUCCUUGCCAUUGACUGUCGAAGAGUAUGAAGAAUGGGGUGAUUUAAAUUCCAGCCAUGUAUUUGACUAUAUUUGUUCUUACUGCCCUUACACCAAUAUUCAGCGCAAUCUUUAUCCUUCUUUGCUAUUAACUGCAUCUUAUAAUGACAAUCGAGUACCUUAUUGGUCUCCAGUUCGCUUUAUGGCAAAAUUGAGAGCAGCUCAACGAGACUAUCAAUCACAACAUGAAGGUGCCACAACGAAUAAUAAAAUUUAUCACAUCUUAAAAACUAAUCUGUCAUCCGGUCAUUAUGGUACAGCUGGCGAUGAAGGAUUAAAAGAGGCUGCUUUUGAGAUUGCAUUCCUCCAUAAAGCCCUAGAUCUGCCUGACGAACUCUUGAACACUUUUAACUAG